GUUUGACACUGCUGUUUAGUGUUUACACGACUAAUUUAGAACGGUGCAUGACCAUUAAAUAAUUUAUAGUUUAUUAUUCUGUAAUUAUAUGUAUUCAAUUCCAUUAGCUUAAGUGAAAACGUAGAUGUUUAUUUAUUUAUACAACAGAGAAAAAUUAAUGCUAUAUUUCUUUGUACACAAUGACAGCUUUGCUUAUAGCUGAUUGGUACCCAAGUAGCAAAGGAGGAUACUAUCGGAAGUUUGAAGUAUAUUCCAUGUCAUGGCAACGCGAAGUCUCAUUGGAGUCUUCUGUACUGACAUGUGCUCCCAACGGUGGCCCCAUUGCGGUUAUGCGAGACAGAUCCAAAGUGGUGAAGAUCCAGGGUAGUGGCAAACCUGUUAUAGCAAUAUUCAGUUCAUCUGGCCGUUUAAUAUCAACGUUUGUGUGGAACAGUGGGAACGUGCUCCAGCUAGGCUGGUCCACUACUGAGGAGUUGCUCUGCGUACAGGGAGAUGGAGCUGUUCUAGUUUACGACAUGUUUGCUAACUAUCAGCGCACCUUCAGCAUGGGCAAGGAUGUUCAGGAGACACGAGUAUUGUCCGCUGAAAUAUUCGAGAGUGCUAUUGGCACAGGCGUUGCAGUUUUGACAACCACCUUUCGUGUGUUCAUUGUCAAUAACUACAAGGAACCUAAGACAAGACUACUUUCUGAAGUUGUGGGAAUUCAUCAGGCUCCGAAUGCAUGGGCUGUGGUGUGUGAGGAACGCCACACAAGGGUUUUGAUGGCCGUAGGUCCAGAACUGUAUUCCAUGAGUGAGUCAGAGUCUCGAGCCAUUCUGCAGCCAGUGGAUCUGGGUGAUGACAUCAGCAUGGUCGUGCGGAUUGCAGUGUCGUCAUCGUACCAGUGUGUAGCUCUGCUGUCAGACAGAGGCAGACUUUGGCUGGGCACGGCAGAUCUACGCAACAAUUACCGACUGGUCGAUGUGCGACCCUUCACCAUCCGCCAGAUUGCUUGGUGUGGCGAGCAAGGUGUGGUUCUGAACUGUGAAUCCAGCCUGGAAGUGAUACCGUGUCGAGAGGAGAACCUGAGCUUCCUGCAGGACCCUCCCAGUCAUCUGAUUCAGGAAAAGGAUUGUCUGCGGGUGGUCAGCGGCAGUACGCAUGAAAUCAUCCAGAGAGUGCCUCAAGUGGUGGUAGACAUAUUCCGUAUCAACAGCACCAGCCCUGGCUCGUAUUUGCUGGAAGCCUCCAAACAGUUCCAGAAAAAGAGUCACAGAGCAAACGAAUAUAUCCAUCUAGUCAAGCCCAAACUGAGUAUGGCGGUUGGACAAUGUAUCGAAGCAGCAGGACAGGAGUUUGAUCCCAGUGUGCAGAAAAUGCUGAUGAAGGCUGCCCAGUUUGGAAAGGAUUUUCUGCCAGAAUACUGUCCAGAUGCGUAUGUUCGGAUGUGUCGUCUGCUCAGAGUACUGAACGCUGUACGAGACCCCAAGAUCGGCAUCCCGAUUACGUACACGCAAUUACAACUGCUAACGAUACAGAUGCUCGUAGACAUGCUGGUUCGCAGGAGACAAUACUUCUUAGCCAUCCAGUCUGUAAACUAUCUACACAUUCCAGACUCUAGCAGCCACAUCCUCACCCACUGGGCGUCAUAUAAGGUUAAACAGCUGAGGUUAGACGCGGACCAGAUUGCCAAGGAGAUCGCAGAAAAGUUGGGCCGGACUGCAGGUGUCUCGUACACGAACAUUGCCAAGGAGGCCAUCAGUAACGGCCGCACUGAGCUGGCAAUAAAGCUGUUAGAUUAUGAACCAAGAGCAACGCUGCAAGUUCCUCUGCUACUGGGACUGGGAAAGGUGGAAGUUGCUCUGGUCAAGGCAAUAGAGAGCGGCAACACUGACUUGGUCUAUACUGUGCUCAUACACCUUCACGAGAACAUGCAGCUUGGAAAUUUUGAGAUGAAGAUUCGCCAGUUCCCUCUUGCACAGGCGCUCUACCUCAAAUACUGCAAGGAACACAACAGAGAGCGACUGCGCACGAUUUACAUGCAAGAAGACGACCACAGUGCCCAGGCAGCUUGUUUCAUACAAGAUGCCUACAGUCCUCAAAACAGCACAACGAGAGAGGCGUCUCUAGUGGCUGCUUCGGAGAAGUUCAAGAUCAUCAAGAGCGAUCUGCACGCAUCACUGUGUGAGGAGCAGCUGAAGCUACUCAAGUACCAGAGAACUCUGGAGGAGAAGUUUCACCAGGAGUUUGUUAAUGGCAGCCUCCAGGAUACCCUAGUGAGCCUGUUGACAUUGGGCGAAGUGAAGCUAGCAGACAAGCUGAGAACAGAGUACAGAGUUCCUGAUAGAAGGUACUGGUGGUUGAGGAUAGAGAGCUUGGCUGAGCAGGGUAAAUUUGGUGAUCUCGAAACCUUUUCUAAAAGCAAGAAAUCUCCUAUUGGAUACGAGCCUUUCGUUGAUGUCUGCCUGAAGCACAAUAGACAGUCUGAGGCCCUCAAGUACAUGCCGAAGGUACGGGAGGAGCUGAAGGAGAAGUACAUCAGUAAACUCGGGCUGUUUGGAGAAGCAUUAUCGGCGAUUUUUAAUCCAAAACCACUGGAGCUGGGGACCAGCACUUGGUUUGUUAACCCGUAAAGGCAAGGGCAGGCGGCGUCAGCAAGAUAUGAAAAGCAAGUUAACAAGAAGAACCCUGAGUCAGCAACCCCGAAGAAGAAAUGUGAUUUGGUCUGUUGCCAUACUUGGAUAAAAACUCUAAAGUUAUUAGUAUUAAUUUAUAUUAAUUAAUUAUCUGGAUCCAACCAAAAUAGCCAAUCUUGUCAGGAUCAUAUAGGUAGCUAAAUGUUAUUAGUUUAAGGCGAUAAUGUUAAAGCAUUUAAUAUUGUAAACUACAUGACUUCAAAACCUACCUGUCACCUCGCAAAUGCUUUCCACUCUGAACUGUAAUUUAAAUAUUAUUAUAACUAAUUUCUCUCACAUGCUUUAUGAAACCAUGUUUGGUUACAAAAUUGGUAGAGAGUAAAACCAGUAAAUUUGAUAACGUAUUUAUAAAAAGUAUUUGUAUUUACAUUUGUAGGUUUUGAAAGUGAUUACUAAAUUUUCCAGACUUGAAAAUUUCUCUAAUGAUCUCUAAUUUGUAUGUAUGAAUAAUUAAAUUUAUUUCACAGAUUUAUAAUUUUAAAUAUAUGGAAACUAUUACAAGUUAUAAAAUUUCUUUCAAAUAAAUAACUGCCAGAUUAAUAUAAAUAUUCUUGUUGCUAUUUAGAUUGUUUACCAAUUUAAUUUACUGCUUAAUAAUAAUGUACUAAAUCAAAAUAUCUCCUAAAUUUUAAGCAGUUUCAUAUAUAAAUGUUUAAAAAAUUAAAUUUUAUUAUAUUAUUAUUUGCAUGCCAUAUCAAGAGUUUCUUUGUUUGAAGGUUAUAAUUCAAGGAAGAGUUUCUAUCGUAUAUCAAAUAUCUGGAUUUAGGUUUGGUUUAUGUCUGUAUACAAUGCACAUUUGUUAGUUAAUUUAAUCUACUUGUAUAUCAGUAAUUAAAAAUAUAAAAUAUUUGCGUAUAUUUCACUGAAUAACAAAAGUAGCGUAAAACAUGACUGUAUUUAUUAAGUUAAAUUGAAUUUAUUGUUAUUUCUCAGAGAUUUAUGCAUGCAUUGUUAUUCUUGUUUUUAAUCUAAAUAAUAGUUCAGUUAUAGUACGAAACAUAUCAUUGCAAGCCUGGGGUUUGGCAAAUAAACUGUUGUUUAAUGCUCUUGGGCCUGAUAUAUAUUGUUUCAAAGUCAAAGUAAAAAUUCUCUGUACUCAUUAAAUUUACAAUGGUAUCAGAUCACACAGUGUUAAAAAAAUAUACUCAAAAAGUAUAUGAAUUAUUUUUAGAAGAUUUUCCAACCAGAAUUUCUUAAACUUCCAAAGCAGCAAUUGAUAAUUUUAUAGUUACAAAAGUCCAUAGUAAUUUAAUGUGUGUCACCAUUGUGAUAUUUUACUGUCCGAUCAUGAUGGUCAACGCCUAGAAAUUAUGUUCCCCAACUUAAAAUCUGCCAAAAACUGUUUUAUUAAUACUUUUUUAGUAUGUUUUUUUUAACAGUGUGAGACAUUAAAGGUGCAGUUAGCAAGUAGGCUUUGCAGGGGGAGUCGUAAUUAUCGGCUGGUUCUUGUCUCUUAUCCCGUUUUGGGUAUUAAAUAUUUUUGAAACCUUUAUUGCUCAGUUUGAUUCCGUCUGUAACCACUAGACCACACACGGAAUCCCCAGAGGUCUCAGGCCUUUUGUGCCACAGCCAGCCUUGAUUGUUUAAAUUAAAAUUUGAAACAGAAUAUGCCAAUUAAUAAAGUAUAAUAUACACUUCCCAUCACCGAUUAGUGAUGUAUACAGAGUGUCCAAGUCUUGCUUGGGAUGCAAUGUUGAAAUUAACAAAAAUUGAACUUUAGUUGAUACAUGAUUACAUAUAUUUGAUGAUAGAAAAAGGCAUUUGUGAAGGCAUUUUUCAAUGCAUAAAAAGAUAUGUAAAAGUUAAUUAAUGUGGAUAUUUUAGGAAACAUUAGAUUAGUUUAUUGCGAUAAAACUAGUAUUAAAAUUUUAAUUGACUACAUUAUUAAUAAAAAAUAAUGCCAAACUGUCCAGCUUGGAAUGAUAUGUCUUUAAGUGAUACACGUGAAAGAGAAUGUUUAAAUGCUGUUUAACUGUCUUUUUAAGUUGAAUUUGAAAUAGGUAUCAGUACAUCUGAGGAAGUUUCUUGUUCUUAAAUAGCAGGUUUAACUACUGUAUUAAACUGGCAAAAAUUGUUUUAUCAAUGACAAUGAAUCUAUCUUUAUGAAUAAAAAAUUUAAAUGUUUAAGACAUUGAAAUUACAACUACUUUUGUAAUUAUCAGACAAUUUUUACAUAGACCAGCAUAAAGUUAGUUAGCUUUAAAUAAAUACGUAAUCAUCUCCCUGUACAUUUAAUGUUGUUUUCUAGUGUACUGAUCUUGUUUCUUUAUAGUGUAAAAUAUGUAUUAUUGUUAUUUAGUAUUAUUAUUUGUAUGUACCAUACAUUAACAGAUGCUCUUUGAUUAGAUGCCCAUUACUGAAUUACAUAUUGAAUAAUAUAAUUUAUUUGAUCAAAUCAAGAGCUUUAAAAUAUAUUUAAGCCUGUGAAAACAUAGUGAAUCUCUUUGAUAACUGCAAUAACAGAUUAAAACAUUAGUAUUAGGUUUAGUUUAUCUGUGUAUAACGUACAUUUGUUAAUUAAGUCAAUCUUCUGUUUGUGUAUCAUUGUUGAAAAUUUAAGUACGUUGCAGUGCAACAGUACUUUAAAAAAUUAUCGUUUCUAGUUAUUGAGUUAAAUACAAAUUAUUGUUAUGGUUUAUAGAUUUAUUCAUAUAUUUGUUUUCCUGUUCAUAGUUUAAACAAACACACUUAAGUUGCUAUUCUCAGUUUAAGUUAUUUAUUAAUUCAAAUAGUAAAAUAUCCAGAAGAAGUAAAUUAAUUAUAGUGAGAUUUUAGAAUCCUCUAUGAUCGGUGUGGGAAGAGAAAUGUAAUUAAUGUUACCCGGCUAGGACAGUACGGGAGCUAACCGGUUUGUUUUAGGACAAUGACAACAAAGUUAAUGAACUUUUAGCAGCUUAUUAUUUAAACCGAUUUGUAGAGAGAUAGGCUAACUUAAUUUAAUCCCAUAAUCAAAUUAAAACACCCUGUUGCUAGGAGAGGGGUGGGUGUACAUAUAGAGAAAAGGUUUAAAUAAAAGGGUAAUGUCACGUACCAAAGUCGUUUUCAUUUAGAUCCGUAAAAAACUUUGGCAAUUUUUAUAACUCGUACAGUGCGAUAAUGUUGUGUAAUGUUUUAUACCAUCUCACUGACAGAUAAAUUCUGCACCAAUUGCCUAUUUUUAGUUUUCUAACAAAACAAUCAAGGGUCUCUUAGAAAGGUGUAUUUUACACUAAAACUCCAUAACAAGUCUGUUUUAAUGCUAUGCAAUAUUCUAACAGGUCAAUAUUCACAUCGUGCAUACUUUUCUAAGGUCAUAUGUAUAUAGUAAGUAUAUUUUUUAAUAAAGAUUGUGUGUUUUGUAAUAGAGGAAGUCCUGAAUACGGCCUGCCAGACGAAGAGUCUGGAAAUGGUCAGAUGCAGAGUCAAACUUGAAAAUAACAAGUGAUGUGCAAAAUUCAUGUACUUUGAUAAUCUGUUAUGCCUCUUUAACGGGGUUUGUGUAAAAUGCUUUGUAUAAAUAAAAUUGUACACUAGAAA